AUGACUCUUCCUCUGUGGGAUAUCCGAGAGUUUGAAAGUUUUAUUUGUGAGCGUGAUCCUCUUUUGAGGUGUUGUUUAAUUGCUACAAUAUCAUUGUCUGCACUCUCAUGGAGUGAGGAGACAAUUUCAUUGAAUGAGCUCAGAAGUUGGGAUAUGUCAAUAAUAAGUGCAUUAUCAUUUUUGGACUUGAUUUGA